AUGCCUUCGACGAAAGAGAAGAUGACGUACUUCAGGCAGGUACAAAACUUCAAGGCCGACUAUGCCCCGGCAGAGUUCACGCAAUGGGAGUUCGAAAGGACUGGCAUGCGGGUUGUCGUAGUCCACAGAAAAGGGCCUAAAAUAUACGGCUACUUCGCUCUUGCAACAGAGAUUCAUGACGACUCAGGGGCACGCAAGUCAUCUCCUUAUGCUGCUAUGAACGCAGCGCUGACUGUACACUAG